ACAGUUCACAUCCCCAACACUGUGGAUUUCUGAUGGGUUAAGGGAAACAGGCUCCUCCUUGCUGCGUCUCCCUGUUUCCGGAUGGGCCCUGGCCCCCAGCCCUUAUCUCCUCCAGCCCCUGGGCUGUUUGCAGAGAGCAGUUAUAAAGAGGCUGACAGAGCACGCAGUGGAGGGCAAUUACAAGGUGCAGGAAAACAGCAGCACUGCUUGGCUCAGCACGACCUGCUCUGCACCAUGGGGAAGGACAAGCUGCCCAGCAAACCGAACAUCUUCCUCCUUCUUCUCUUCUUCCUUCCUGGAAAUGCUCCUCUCAACACAGAACCGCAGUACAUGGUGCUGGUGCCCUUUCUGAUACACACAGAUUCUCAUGAGAAAAUCUGCGUUCAGCUGACCCACCUGAACGAGUCUGUGACGCUGAGUGCCACGCUCGAGCACCUAGGGGAGAACAGGAGCUUGAUUGAUGAUGUGGUGUCAGAGAAAGACGUGUUCACCUGCAUCCCUUUCUCUCUUCCAAAAUCCAAUAGCACGUCAGUGGCAUUUCUCACGGUGACGGUGACAGGGGAUACACUGCAGUUCAAGAGCCGCAAGUCAGUGCUGGUCAAGAAUUCUGAAAGCUUGGUCUUCGUCCAGACAGACAAACCCAUCUACAAGCCUGGACAGACAGUUCAGUUUCGGAUCGUCUCCCUGGACAAAGACUUCUACCCGCUGAAUGAGAAGUUUCCCUUUGUCUACGUUCAGGAUCCCCAGAGGAACCGGGUGUACCAGUGGCAAGGGGUGGAACUAGAAACAGGCUUUACACAGCUCUCCUUCCCCCUCACCUCGGACCCCAUCCAAGGCUUCUACAAAAUUGUUGUGCAGAAGAGCUUCUCAUCCCAUGUGGAGCACACCUUCAGUGUGGAGGAAUUUGUGCUGCCCAGGUUCGAGGUCCUGGUGAAGGUUCCAGAGGUGAUCACUAUUAAGGACAAAGAGCUUCCAGUGUCUGUCUGUGGUCUGUACACCUAUGGGAAGCCCGUUCCUGGUUUGGUGAAUGUCCAAGUGUGCCGGAAAUUUUCCCAGUCUGCUUCAAGUUGUUACGGAAAAGAAACAGAAUCCGUGUGUGAAGAAUUCACUAGGCGGGCAGAUGCUCGUGGGUGUGUUUCUGGCAUGGUGAGGACCAAGGUGUUUCAGCUCCUACGCAAGGGAUAUGAGAUGAGCAUCGAGGUACAAGGCAAGAUCACAGAAGAUGGCACAGGAAUAGAGAUGACUGGAACAGGCUCCUGUGGUAUCACAUCCACCAUGAGCAAAAUCCACUUUGACCUGUUGGACUACACGUACAAACCAGGGAUCCCACUCUUUGGGAUGGUGAAGCUGGUCGAUGGCACUGAUACUCCAAUUGCCAAUGAAACCAUCACAAUUACUGUGGGUGGAAACAAAUACAAAGGGAAUUACACUACAGAUGAGCAAGGACAAUCCUGGUUUUCCAUAGACACUACCAGCUUCACAGAACUCUCCCUGGAAAUCCGAGCAGAUCAUAAACCUGAACUGAACUGUUAUGACAGUGACUGGAUGACACCAUCCUACGAGCAUACCACACGCAGAGUAACUCGCUCUUACUCCCUCAGUAAGAGCUUCCUCAAAAUUGAGCCAAAGCCCGAGACAUUAAGUUGUGGCUCCUCAGCAGAGGUCCAAGUGCACUAUAUCUUCACACCAGAGGCCAUAGGGGAGCAGAAGAAAAUUGUCAUUUAUUAUUUGGUGAUGGCCAAGGGACAAAUCGUAUUAGCUGACACCCAUGAUCUGCCUGUGAAUCCUGGAGAUGCUUCUGGGACAUUUCGGCUGAGCUUCUCUGUCGAGGCAGCAAUUGCUCCCGUGGCACAGAUGCUUGUGUACACCACUUCACCCAGCGGGGAAGUCAUGGCCAGUUCACAGGAUUUCCAGGUUGAAAUGUGCCUCCCCAAUAAAGUGAGAUUGAGUUUUGCACCCAAGGAAGGUCUUCCUGCUUCCAACACACAUCUGCAACUCCACACCUCUCCAAGAUCCCUGUGUGCCCUCCGUGCAGUGGACAAGAGUGUUCUCCUUAUGAAGCCUGAAAAUGAGCUUUCUCCCAGCUCUGUAUAUAAUCUUCUCCCACUGAAGGAAAGCCAGGGUUAUAGCUUCAGGGACUACUACUUGGAAGAAGACAAUGUCAAUCCAUGUGUGUCACUUGACAAUCUGUCAUUAAAUGGAUUUCUCUACAUACCCAUUUCUUCUGAUGGUGAAGGGGAUGCCUACAACAUUCUCAAAGAAUUGGGCUUAAAAGUCUUCACUAGCAGCAAGAUCCAUAAGCCUGAACUCUGCGAGCAUUACCCAGAACACAUGAUGGAAAGGAGUUACAGUGGUUCUAUCUCUGCAAUGAAUCUGCAUGGAGAAUUGAGUUAUGGCAUGGCAGAAGAUAUGGUUGAUGGCAAUCAGAUGGAGACUGUCCGGAAGUACUUCCCUGAGACAUGGAUCUGGGACAUUGUUUCAGUGAACUCUGAAGGAAAAGCUGAUCUAGAAGUGACCAUCCCUGACACCAUCACUGAGUGGAAAGCCAAUGCAUUCUGCACUUCAGCAGACACGGGCUUUGGCCUGUCCCCGACAGUGUCCCUCAGAGCCUUCCAGCCCUUCUUUGUCGAGCUCACCAUGCCCUACUCUGUGGUGCGUGGGGAGUCCUUCAUGCUGAAAGCCACUGUUUUCAACUACCUGCCUGCCUGCAUCAGGGUCAGUGUGUCUCUGGCUGAAUCUACUGAUUUCCUGGCGGUACCAGUGGGGAAAGAGGAGGAAUCCUACUGCAUCUGCGUGAAUGAAAGAAAAACUGUUGCUUGGGCAGUAACACCAAGAUCUCUAGGGCAGGUGGAGUUCUCAGUGACCACUGAGGCCCUACAGAACCAGCAGCCCUGUGGGAACUACAUUGUGGAGACCCCCAAGAAAGGGCGGAAGGACACGGUCGUCAGACAGCUGCUGGUGGAGCCGGAAGGGACUGAAGUGGAAACCACAUACAACUCUGUGCUCUGUCCAUCUGAAGAGUCAGUGUCGCAGACAGUCUCCUUGGCUCUCCCAGAGACUGUGGUGGAUGGCUCAGCCAGAGCAUAUUUCUCAGUGCUCGGUGACAUCAUGGGCACUGCCAUGCAGAACCUGCACCAGCUCCUCCAGAUGCCCUUUGGCUGUGGGGAGCAGAACAUGGUCCUGUUUGCACCCAACAUCUACGUCCUGGACUAUCUGAACAAGACAGGGCAGCUGAGUGAGGAGAUCAAAUCCAAGGCCACUGGAUACUUAGUGAGCGGGUAUCAAAGGCAAUUGAGGUACAAACACCGGGAUGGUUCUUAUAGCACCUUUGGGCCACGUUAUGGGCAAGUUGGAAAUACCUGGCUCACAGCCUUUGUCCUCAAGUCCUUUGCCCAGGCCCAGCAUCACAUCUUCAUAGAGGAGAAGCACAUCCAGGAUGCUUUGAACUGGCUUACUCAGAAGCAGAAGGAGAAUGGCUGUUUCCGCAGUUCUGGGACGCUCCUGAACAAUGCCAUGAAGGGUGGAGUGAAUGAUGAGGUCACACUGGCAGCCUACAUCACUAUUGCACUGCUGGAGAUUCCUCUGCCUGUAACCCACUCAGUGGUGCGGAAUGCUCUGUUCUGCCUGGAAACAGCAGCAAAUCAGAAAGAAAACCAUGUGUACACCAAGGCACUGCUGGCAUACGCCUUUGCCCUGGCAGGGAACAGGGAGAAGCGGAAGGCAUUGCUUGACUCACUUGAAAAGGAAGCUGUGAGAAAAGAUGGCUCUGUGCACUGGCAGCGGCCAGGGAAGGAGCCCGAGGCUGAUCUCCCGUUCCAUCGCUACCGAGCUCCCUCUGCGGAAGUGGAGAUGACGGCCUACGUGCUCCUGGCUCACCUCUCCUCGCAGCCAGCCCCUGCCCAGGAGGAGCUGGCAUUUGCAUCCCUUAUUGCUAAGUGGAUCAGCAGCCAGCAGAAUCCCAAUGGAGGCUUCUCCUCUACCCAGGACACAGUGGUGGCUCUCCAAGCCUUGUCCCUGUAUGGAGCUGCCACCUAUGCCAGGAGCGGGGCAGCUUCCAAAGUGGCUCUGAGAUCUGGAGGGGACUUCCAGCAAGACUUCCAAGUGGAUCCCAGCAACCGGCUGUUGCUCCAGCGCCUGCCCCUUCCCCAGGUGCCAGGGGAGUACAGCGUGGAGGUGUCUGGUGAAGGAUGCGUCUACCUGCAGAGUUACACAGGGCAGCGCAAUGUCUCCAACAUGGUGAUUGUUGAUGUGAAGAUGCUGUCAGGAUUUGUCCCCUUGAAGUCCUCUGUGGGGAAGCUCUCAAACACGCGGUUUCACCAGAUCCAGCGCACAGAAGUGAACACAAACCAUGUUUUGCUGUACGUCGAGCAGCUGGGCAGGGAGACCCUCAGCUUCUCCUUCACCGUGGAGAGGGACAUCCCUGUGCGGGGCCUGAAGCCAGCCCAGGUGAAGGUCUAUGACUACUACGAGACAGAUGAGUUUGCCAUACAGGAAUACAGUGCUCCCUGUACCUCAGAGGAAGUAGACCAGGGGAAUGACUGAAGAGCACUUCCAGAUGCUGGAACCUGCCUGCCUCACCACCACCACCACAGCAUGACAUUAAUAAUGCCUGCAUGGAAUGGAAAGUGAACUUUACAAAUAAAUUAACUGUACUCACCAAUGAUUUUUUGAACAAUUUGUUCCCCAUUUUGAUUUUUCCUGCUCAUGUUUCAGUCACAGCUUUAAUCUCCCUGUCUUCUUAGGUUAAAGAGUAACCCAUCUAACAAUGCCUGUGUGCAGGGAAAUAAGGCUAAGAAGUGAGGGGGGGGGAAAAAGAGGACAGAAUGAUCUAAGUAGGGGUCAGCCUACUUAAUGUAUCUGUCUCUGUGUUGUGUUCUCUGAACUCAUCAUCUGAGAUGCAGUCUAAUCAAUGGAGAAGGACAGGUAGUUCUUGGGAACAAUUUCUCUGCCCUGGCUUGCAAAUCAAUUGAAUUGGUCUCUGCAGAGGCCUCUCCAUGUCUCCCACCAUUAGGCAGCCUAGAAGAUCAACUAAUGCUACAUGAAAAUCAGCCUCUGUGAUCCUCCCUGCAGACAUCGCUCCUGGGAUUGUUUCUUGUUCCUAGAAGAGUGGGAGGAGACAGUCUGCCCUCUUCAGUGAUUAGAGAAUGCCAGGGGGGCAGGAGUGAUGUGUGCAUGCAUUAUGCCCUCAGCUGCUGACUUACAAUGGCUUGUUCUCCAGCUGAAGCUUGAGCUUUCUCGUGGAAGUUUCCAUUAUCUCAUGUCUUCUACUUUUGGGAGAUUCCCAAGGAGAAGGUAAUGGCAUUUGCCACUAACCUACCUGCCUAUGUUUUGAUGAAACUGUCUAUAGGCCUCUUUGACACCUCCAGAAAUGAUCCCCCUUUCUUCGUUUUGACUCUUGAAUUUGUGGUUUUAACUUUUGAAUGCAAAAAAAAAAAUCUUUUGUCACUGUUUAUUCUCAUGAAAUGCUUAUUGCUAGGCAUGUUGUGCAUCCGAAGUGUGCACAGCUGGCUGUUCCAUCCAAUUUUUGGUUUAGUGUGCCUGUACAAACAGUGUCAUUGAGAAUAAAUAAAAUUCUUCAUCUAUUUUGCUAGA